UUGUUAUGGUACCAACCCACCAAACAGGCCUGGGAUGUACUUUGACACCCAGCAGCAUGACAUUAGUAACACAGCAGCACAUCCACUCUCUUCAACUUCGCUUCUUUCCACGCUUUUGACGACUGUCAUGGAGUUGAACAAUCUCUCCGCGGUGCUACAUUCUAAGGGAGACCUCAGACUGGAAACGCGACCUGUCCCCAAGCCAGGGCCAAAUGAGGUUUUGCUUCAGAUGCACUCUGUUGGCAUCUGCGGCUCAGACGUCCACUACUGGCAGCACGGCAGAAUCGGAGACUUUGUGCUCACAAAGCCGAUGGUGUUGGGACACGAAGCAGCAGGUCGGGUGAUAAAAGUCGGCUCGGCGGUCAAACACCUUCAAGUGGGCGACCGAGUUGCCAUCGAGCCAGGUGUGCCCAGAGAGACGGAUGAGUUUUUCAAAAAUGGACGCUACAAUUUAUCUCCCACCAUCUUUUUCUGUGCCACCCCGCCCGAUGAUGGCAACCUGUGCAGAUACUACACACACAAUGCCAACUUCUGUUACAAGUUGCCUGAUAAUGUGACAUUUGAGGAGGGUGCUCUGAUCGAACCGCUGUCUGUGGGCAUCCACGCAUGUCGCAGGGCCGGCGUGACCCUCGGCAGUACCGUACUCGUCUGUGGCGCAGGACCAAUUGGCUUAGUCAGUCUGCUUGUGGCCAAAGCAAUGGGAGCUGCACAGGUUGUCAUUACAGAUCUGUUCCCCGAGCGUCUGGCCAUGGCCAAGGAGUUGGGUGCCGACUUCCAGUUGGUGGUGAAGAGAGGGGAUGAACCUAAGCAGUUGGCCAAAAGCGUCGAGGACAUGCUGGGAGCUAAGCUGCACAUCACCAUUGAAUGUAGUGGUGUUGAGAGCAGUAUUCAAACUGCCAUCUAUGCGACACGCUCAGGAGGCGUGGUGGUGCUGGUGGGCCUUGGAUCCGAAAUGACUAAUGUUCCUCUUGUCAACGCGGCCACCAGAGAAGUUGAUAUCAGAGGCGUCUUCCGCUACUGCAACACCUGGCCUAUGGCAAUCGCCAUGUUGGCAUCAGGAAAGGUGAACGUGAAGCCUCUGGUCACCCACCGCUUCCCCCUGGAGCAGGCGGCCCAGGCUUUUGAGACCACACGUCAGGGCCUGGGGAUAAAGGUCAUGUUGAAGUGUGACCAGAAUGACCAGAACCCUUAAAGUAACCAACACACUGCAGUGAAACUAUGGGGGACAGUUAACGGGGGAUUUUAUGUGACCAAUAGUUACCUUGAAUGUAAUUUUACAUCAUGAAAAAAAUAGUGAGAUUGACUUUUUUUUUAAUUUUGUCUUGAAACACUGAUUUUACACUUUUUAAAAUGUUACUUAGUAUGGUACGACGCCACUUGCAUUGCUUAGUUGUUACCAGAAGGGGGAACCAGAGCAUCAAAUUACAAUCUACAUAAACUGUCAAGACUCUUUCCAACUAUUUUACUGAAAAAAACAAACAAAUCAGUGAACCAUUUACAUUUUUAUCAUUUUGUAAAAAAGGUUAAAGCAGUUCAAUAUGUUCAAAAGAUGGAUGGAUGGACUUUGUGAAGAUGACAAAAUGAAAGCAUCCUGCAGCAAUAAACCAUAUAAACACCCCCUCUUCCAAAUAAUACCAUCAACAUUAUUCUAUUACACAUUGCUUUAACAUGUCAAUAUUUUUUGCCUUGAUUGCUGUCACACUCAAGGGUGGAGUAAUUGAUUGGAAUAUUAUUCAUAUUGUAUUUGGACUGUGUGAAGUAGAAUACAGCAUGAAAUGUGCCUAAAAUGUAUACAUGAGAUAUUCUUAAUUACUUUAAUUCCAAUGCAAUUCAGGUUUGUAUCUUAAAGAGCUGAAUAGACUACUGUAGUGGCAUAUUUAUAAAUUGUUUAUUCUUGUAAGCAUUAAUGGAGCCUUUAUGAUGCCAUGAGCACAAUGGCCCCUUAACAACAAACACACACAUUUUCCUGCAACCUUGACAUGGUAACAAUGUAUUUGAACCCUUUUUGUGUAUAGUAUUUAAGUAAACUUUAUCUUCUAUAUACAUCAUAAACCCCACCCAUGUAUCCCAUCAACUAUGCAUUUUUAGAAGCAAAAUAAUAUCAUCUUAAUGAAAUAAUUGUUGGUAGUUUUAAGAAUAGUUGGAUUCCUCCAAAUUAAUAUAUAUGUGAAGCUUAGGAGAGUCCAUGUCAGAGCUAACCAUAGAGUUGUUGUUGUUUUUUUGU